UCUCUACUGAAGAUAUUAAAGACCGAAAACGUCGGUCUUCAAACUGCCUAGUUUGCCUCACAUACAUUACAGUGUUAAAAUCCAUCAUUGUUUUACCAAUAAGGGGAUUCUGCAAGCAUAGGAAUCCGAAUUAUGAACAUGCUCCGAAAUUUCGCACAGUCAAAAAGUUAUUGAUCGUUAACUUGGUUCACCACAUCAUCCUAGUCAUUCUUGAUGGCUUAUAUAUCAUUGAGUCAAUCAGAAGAUGUGCCAGUGGUGAUCAAAUAUGCUUGGAAAUAAUCAGCGAAUGUGUCAUAGUAUCAUCAGCUUUGUUCCUAUCGUUUUUUCCGUUCCUGAAAUCUGAACACAGAGUGAACAUGUUCAAUGUUGAAUCGCAUUUGAUGCAUAAAAGGAAUUUUUAUGGGGUCACGGAGAUCAUAUCUGAGAAUCAAACCAGAAAAUGGAUCUCAAUGAGCGUACUAAUUCUUGGAUGGGAAAUAAUAUUUUCCAUCGCCUUCUUCUUCGUGAAAUAUGACAAAACUUGCAUAUUCAGGACUAUGUGUCUGAUUUUUGGUUUCUACAUGCAAAUGGAUAUAUUGUUUCAAUUCAAAAGCGAAUGUGUGAUGACCAAACGAAUAUACAACGCCUAUUCUUCAUCUUUGAAAAGCCAUAUGAUGAACAGGCUUUCCGGGCUAAAGACUGAGGAAAAAAUGAGUUUAAUCAGCAGAGUGACUAAAUUCAAACAUGCUCAUAUGGAGAUCAUCAGGAUUGUAGAUGAAGUUAAUGAAUUCAUGAACCCUUCAUUCAUUUUCUGGAGUUUGUGUACUUGUUUAACCUUGGUGAUCAAUAUCUAUGUGGCUGUUAUGACAGAUUUUCAGGGAAGUUUCAAGGAAAUUUUUUCCAAGCAACUAUUUGCCUAUUUAUCUGCUAUUGGGGUUUGCAAUGUGUGCUUUGAUACAGAAGAAAUGAACCACUUGAGCGAUGAUACAUUGUCGUUUCUGUUCAAAUACCCCAUUAGUAAAUUGAGCGAAACUGAGGCAUACCAGGUUGAGAUGUUAAUAUACACCCUAUCGUCGCAGAAGCCAACCAUAAAAGCGUCUGACAUUUUUACAGUUGGAACCAAGCUCCUAGCAUCCAUAUCUGGAACCGUGGUGACCUACGUCCUGGUGGCCCUACAAUUCCGACCAGCUUGGAGAGAUUAACUGGAACAUUCCUACCUCAACAGUACAACAUGCCCCACACUGUAAACAAUACCGUCAAGCCCAGCAUGAGCUCUACUCCGAAAAUAUGUAUUUGCAAAUCGAUGAGAAUCGUUCACUAUUUCUACAGGUUCUUCGGCAUAUUUCCCGUGACUACAACACACGAAAAGGGCCGAUGUAUAUUCCAUAGAUCCCUACUUUACAUCGCCUGGUCAAUAAUUUUGGUAGUCCUUUUGGUUCUACACUUCCUAAUCUAUGUCGAAUUCAGCGUUUUGUCUAAGAAAAAUGAUUUGCCGAUUAUUCUUAACGGUAUCACUGAUAUGACUUAUUACUGUUACAUUAUGAUUAUCAUAACAGUGAAUUGUUUCAAGGCCAACAGUUGGGCUAAGGUGCUCAGUGAUCUGAGCAAAAUGACCAGAUAUGGUAUUUUAUGCGACUCAGCACUUGGUGUCAUAAAAAAUCUGAACACCA